UCUAGGUUUUGCCCAGACAAGUUAUAAGGCCAAUGGCUCACCCAGCUCUACACCUUUACGUUCUUGCUAUUUUACUCCUUGCUCUUUCAUUUAAGGCCACCUCCACCUCGACCUCCACCCACAGCCGCCGCGGACUCAAAUCCCUCCACUUUACACUCUACCAACAAGAAGCCAUAAACAAAACAGUGUAUCUCAUAGUGAAGGGUGUGACAGGACCAGACGUUAGUCCUUCCGCAUCCCCCUUUGGCUCCCUGUUUGUUAACCAAGAUCUUUUGACUAUUUCACCUAACUCGUCUUCAAAAGUUGUUGGAGUGGCUGAAGGAGCUUCCAUAACAUCCAGUCUUGAUGGACUCACCAACAUUGUUAUGGAGAAGAUCACUUUAGAACUGAAGCACUACAAGGGAUCAGUCUCCGUACUUGGAACUGCUCACAACAUCAAGGUUAUUGAUCUUCCUGUCGUGGGAGGCACCGGUGAUUUCAUGUUCGUUCAAGGCUAUAUAAAACCAUCUCUAGUGACCUUCGAGAACCCCAAUAUUGUAUACAAGAUCGAGUUUCACCUGUACUGGCCUUCCUAUGUUGCAAAUCAUUUUUCUCAUAUUGAUCGAAGUUCUACUUUGAAUGGUGUCUAGAAAACUCCCACUGAUAUCUUAAUGCUGUCCGAGUUCUCAACUCUGAUGCUGUUCUUCUUCUUCUUCUUCUUCUUCUUCUUCUUCUUCUUCUUUUCAAUUUCCAUGUGUAUCAUUAUAUUCUGUCUCUCCUUUUUUUCUUAGAAAUCAAUCAUCAAUUUCUUGCCUAAAAAAAUUAUCAUCAAUUUCAAGCUAGCUGACCGUUCGCACA